AUCAAACACCCAAUUACUCAUCUCUCUGGGGCUUUUUCUUUUUUGCUUAUACGAUGUUUAUGCCUCGCUUCAGUUUUGGGUUUUCUAGAUUUGAAUUCGUAUUUGAAUUUUUCAACAUUCUGAAUCUUGGGUUUUUCAUAAAACAAGAAAUGAUCAAAUAGGAGACUGAAAUGCAGAGAAUUGUACCUUAUUAAUUAGAAAAGAGAGAGAGAGAGAGAGAGAUUUCAGGUCAAGAUUUGGUGUCAACCAAAUUUAUUUAAUUUGGUUUGCAAUUAAAGAACAGAGCUAUAAAUGAUGAGGCGGCAACUCUGUGACAACUAAAACAAAUUCUUGAUAUAACAAUUGUUCUUUUGGCAUGUAACAAGAAAGCUUAGACAGAUGAAAUUGACUGCUGGAGUUAACAUGGGUGGGAUGUGUAAGACCUGACAAUCUAAAACAUGACAUGAAAAAUAUAGGAAAAUAGAACAUAAGAGUGACACUUUUUAAAAUUUUAGCAAUAACUAUACGUGGGUUUAAAAAAAAAAUGUAUUUCAUGUUUUCGUUUCAACACUAGCACGUAAUUUUUGUGUAAAACAUAAUAUGAAUAUAUGAAUUUUAGUUUUUUACACAAUACGAAUACACAAAUCAUCACUAUUUAGGUUUCUUCUUAACAUCAGAAAGCUUAUAUAUUUUUAUGUUGAUCAAAAGUUUUUAUGUUCAGGUUUUAGAUAAAUCCAGUUGCAGCUUAUUCUUUAUUUCAAAGCAUGAGGAAGAUUCUGUUUUUAUUCUAAACUGGUUUACUCGUUAGAUAGAAAGUGACAAAAAAUGAUAUUUGUAUGAGUGUCAUGUUCUUAUUUAGUCUAUGAGUGCAGUGAGCUCCUAUGCGUUUCUUAAUUUUCAAUGAUCUGACUUAUCUAUAUCUAUAUUAUGGAUUUGGAAAAUUUUUUUAAAAGAUUAGAUUUUGGUUACAACUGUUCUUUUAUCUACAACAUUGGGAACUCAGUAUUGAUAAAGAAUUUCAUCAACCUGAGUUGAUCUUGCCACAUCACAAGGAUGGCAUCUACAGCUUGUUUUAUCAUUGUGAGCAGGAAUGACAUCCCAAUAUAUGAAGCUGAAGUUGGGUCUGCUGCUAAAAGAGAAGAUGCUGCUCAGCUUCAUCAAUUCAUAUUACAUGCAGCUCUGGAUAUUGUUCAAGACCUUGCAUGGACCACUAGUGCGAUGUUCUUGAAAGCCAUUGACAGGUUUAAUGAUUUGGUGGUAUCAGUUUAUGUAACAGCUGGUCAUACUCGAUUUAUGCUACUUCAUGACUCUCGUAAUGAUGAUGGAAUCAAGAGCUUUUUCCAAGAGGUUCAUGAGCUUUAUAUAAAGAUUCUUCUUAAUCCACUCUACUUGCCUGGUUCCCGUGUUACAUCAUCACAUUUUGAUACAAAAGUUCGAGCCCUGGCAAGAAAAUAUCUAUAGAAAGAAUUGAAGGCUGUAGGGUUAUACUCAUUAAGCCAGUAUGUUUAUACCCUGGAUAGCUUAUGGAAAGGAUGAGAGGAAUUAGCUG